AAUGGCGAUGAGGGAGGUUUGAAGUUUAGCGCCACGAAAUCAGAGCGAGAGACAGAACGGGUGAGUCUGUCUGUCCGUUCGUCCGUCCGUCUGCCUGCCUGCCUGCCUGCGUACUUGCGGCUCGGGGACCGGAGGACACGCCGGAGAACGAUGCUGGAGGACCUGAUUGGAGCGUUCUGUGACCUGGAGCCUCAGGUGUCUCCUGGGGGCGUGGCCUGUCAGAGGGGGCGGGACCUGAUGGAGGGUGCAGAGUCUAGUCUGAGUGUUGGACAGUUCGUCCUCUGUCAUUGGUCGGAUGGGCUCUACUACCUGGGCAAGAUACAGAGGGUGAGCCCGCCCCGGCAGAGCUGCUUCGUCACGUUUGAGGACAACUCGAAGUUCUGGGUCCUCUGGAAGGACAUCCAACAUGCUGGCGUGCCAGGGGAGGAGCCUCGCUGCUCUGUGUGUCACGAGGCGGAGACACACUCUGACAGCCAAUCAGAAAACAGGAUCCUCAUCUGUGGGAAGUGUGGCAUCGGCUUCCACCAGCAGUGCCAUGUCCCUCCUGUGGGGGGGGACAGCACUCCCCCGCCCUGGUUCUGUAGACGCUGUGUCUUCGCCCUGGCUGUCCGGAAAGGAGGCGCUCUGAAGAAGGGGCCCCUGGCCCGGGCCCUGGGGGCCAUGAAACAGGUGCUGCUGUACUCUCUGGAUUCUCUGGACUGGGACUCCCAGCACCGCUCCAACCAGCAGCAGUGCUACUGCUACUGCGGAGGGCCCGGAGAGUGGUCCCUGAGGAUGCUGCAGUGCUUCAGGUGUCAGCAGUGGUUCCAUGAGGCCUGUACCCAGUGUCUGCAGGGGGACAUGCUGUUUGGAGACAGGUUCUACCUGUUCCUGUGUGCGGUGUGUGGGGGCGGCUCAGAGUGUGUGCGGCGCCUCCCCCUCCGCUGGGUGGACCUGGUCCAGCUGGUCCUCUACAACCUGUCCCUCAGCAGCAAGAAGAAGUACUUUGAGCUGGAGGAGAUCCUGGUCUUCAUCAACCAGCACUGGGACCACCUGCAGCUGGGGAAGCUGUCCAACACCCCUCCUGCAGAGAGGGGGCAGCACCUGCUGGAGGCUCUGAACAGAUACAAGAGCAGGUUCCUGUGUGGGAAGGAGAUAAAGAAGAGGAAAUGCAUCUUCCGCCUCAGGACCAGAGUACCCCCCACCCCACCCUCCAAACUCUUUCCUGAGCGCGCUCAAAACACUGUGGGGGGGAGGGGCGUGGCCAGGUACAGUGCCUCAGCUGAGAGGAGGAAGAGGAAGGCUAAGUGGCUGCUGGAGGACGCCAUCCCUAAUACGGAUCUCUCCUGCAGCUGGUCCUCCCCUCAACACAUGGCCAACAUCUUCGAUUUCACCCUGGAUGAGCUGCACAGCCUCAAGAGCAGCUCCAGCACAGCGGUCAGUAUCGACCAGGACUCCACCUCCACCUCUGGCUCUGCUACCAGCAGCUGCUCUCAGAUCAGAGGGGGGCUGGGCAGCAGAAAGAGGAAGUUGCCUAGCAACAGCUACAGCCAGUGGGCCAAUCGCAGUGAAGCUGGGGAGGAUCCUCCCGGGCUGCAGGAGGAGCAGGAAUCUGCAGCCCACUUCCUGUCGGACUGCCCCCCCCUGCACUCCUCCAUCUCCUCGUACUUCGGGGGGGCGGGACGGCUAAGCAGCGGCGAGCGCUACCAGGUCCUGGCCCGCCGGGUCACCGCCGGGGGGGCCACGCACUACCUGCUGCAGUGGGAGGGCACCACUCCUUAUUAGGGCGUCACAUGACCAGCUUCCUCCUGUGCAGAUAUUAUGUGUUCCAAGUUACCCUGCGUACCUGUCGACAGGUAUGCAGUUGUCACACAGGGCUUCAUCUCCACGUUACCCUUGGUUUAUCUGGUGGUCAGUGUAAGCCGUCACCUGGUCAGGAACGCUCUGUCAUGGUUAGUGAAACGCUGAGUCAUGCUUCGUCACACUUGAUUUCUGAAUGCUUUAUGCUACGCUGACUUUUGUAUGUGACACACACUGUGUUACGGUAACAUGUUAUAUUGAUGUUGUGCUUCAGUGUUACUCAGCGUCAUGUUAGAACAACUGAAGACUAACUGUAGCCAAAGAACACACACACACACACACACACACACAGAGUCAGUAGUUGUUAAUAUUAUGUGUCAAUCAGUUUGUUGUUGUCUCCUGACUUGUUAAACAGUCAGAACCCCCCCCCCCCAACAGCCUCACCAUGCUCUACCUGUGCAGGUAAUCAUCAGGUGAGACCAUUUGAUCUCUGCAGUCCUCUCUUGACAGGAAGCUGCAUCUGAACUUCCUGUCAGCCCCUGAAUAUGAGACUCCAUAUUACCCAGAGUGCACUGCACCUGUUAUCUAUGCAAACAUCAGACCGACAUCAUCGAGUGAUCGAUCAUCAUCGAGGUUAGCUUCAGGCAUUGGUUUGAAUGAGGAAUGCUAACAGUGCUAACAGUCUCUGAGACGUUAAAAUGUCACUGUGUCACUUUAAACCUGGCUGCCAUGGUAACCACGCUCCCCUCUCAUUGGACGGUUGUUUCGAUCAUGUGACUGUUAUGUAGACCAAUCAGCUGCCAGUUCUCUGAAUAAAGAAAACAUAUUUGA